AUGGCACUCGGAGGUCUUGCCGGAAUCAACUGCCACUGCCAGUGGGGGCUGACUGGGCUUUUGGGUGGCAUCGUCAUCAUGCUGGCCGCAGGCGUCUUCACUGCUUUGCCUGUCUUUUUUGGCUGGUUCUGCUACCAGUGGUACUACGCCCUUUGCUGGUUCUGGUUCCUCCUCGGCGUUGCCAUGACGGUCUUUGGAGCGUUCUACGAAUGCUUCUGCUUCUCGCCAGUCUACAAGUCAGUGCAGGCCCGGGAGUGGGCGGAGGAAGAUGGCUCUGGCCCAGCGGUCACUGGCAUAAGUGGGCCAGAGUUUCGCAAAAUUUUGCUAAGAGUGCCGCUGAGUAGAGUAGGCGAAAUAGUGGAGCUGUGUCAGCUGUGUGGCACAGCACGUGACCAGGCGCAGGCUGCCCAGGCUGCCCAGGCUUUUCAUGUCGUGCCAGGCAAAUCUACAUCACAGGAUGCGACUGGCAAGGUCGAUCCAGAAAGCCAGUGCAUUGGAGACGACACUUCGCCAGCACUGGGUGGCCGAAGUGGCAUCGAAGUCGUGCAAGCCGUCAAACUGCAGGGUGUGGAAACUGUGAAUCAGGUGGAAGGAAGACUCAUGAAGACUCGCUUGCUCUGGAGCCAUUUCGACCUGGCAAAUGUUUGGUCAAAUCUGGCACCAUCAGGGAACAUCUAUCGGCUGAAUGGCUUGGAACAGAUGAGACUAGCCCAUUGUGCUGACCUACAAGCACAGCUGAGAGAUUUGGCAGAGGAGAGAGCUGACAUCUUGGGCGAUCGGCCUUUAGACGACCGCUGUGAUGAUUUGGUGAAAGCAUUGCAGAAAACCAAGGCGCUGGUCUCGGUUCGGCAGAAAACCUCAAUGGCGACUGAGUUUGGCCAGGACGAGGAGAUUGGCUGGGACGAUGAUGUUCUUCAAACGGAAGGCUUUCCGGUCUUGGAGGAGUUCCUGGUGGGCAAAGUGUCGGUCGGCUGGCCAGUAGUGGUUCCUCUGACCCCAGUUGGAUGGAGUGCUUGGUGGAACUCACAGCUGAUUGGUUGCAUAGUCGCUUUUGUCCAAACCAUCGGUCCAGUCCUGGUGGUUCUCAGCUUGUGGCAGGGUCCUACCAACUAUUUGCGCGAUCCUUUGUCGACCUGGGAGCGGCUGACUCUUUCAAAUACCUUCUGCGAGAGUCGUGCCCUCUCCGACUGGUGUACGGUCUUAAUGGGUGUGAUGUUCUCCUUUUUCGUCGUGGUGCAGCUGCUGAAUUACGCUGCUUCGGAGCUGGAUGAUGUGUACAAAUUUGGUCGGUUGGCUGGGUGCACGUCUUUUUGGUCAGUGGCAGGUGCUUACAUCAACAUGUGGUGCGUGCUUUGGAACAUAGUUGCACUUCCUUUAUCCUUUUGGCGAAUGGAGCAUGCUGUAGAUGUGAUCCUAGGCUCGUGGGGCCUAUUGUUUAUGUUCAAUCUGGAUGACCUGACUGGUGUUGCGGGCGAAAUCUUGGGAAGUACUGAUGACCAAUUCCAGCGCUGUCUUUGCUGGAACUAUGCCAAUUACGGAGCUGCGAGCAGCUCCAGGCUCAGUAAGGAUCCAGAGGAAGCCCGUUUCUUCAAGCGUGGAAAUUCAGCGCCCCUCACUGCUGGCCUUUUGAUAGCUGAUGUCGUUGGCGCUGGAGUUCUUGCCAUGGGUCAAGCAGUUGCCCAGCUGGGAUGGAUGGUUGCGAUUCCUGCCAUCUUUUUGAUGCUGGCCAUGAAUGCUCACAUUAUGAUCUUGGUAUGGCGGGUCCAGAAAAUUCACCCAGCCGCAAAGUCCUACAAAGAUCUGGCAUGCAUGACCAUGGAGCGUGCGCAACCGGAAUUUCUGAACCUCGCGAAACGAGUAGUGGUGGUUGGGCAGUACACCUUCAUUUUUGCUACUUUAUCGCUCUAUACCCUCAGUAUCGGGCAGGGACUCGGUAUGUUCUUCUAUGAUCUUCAUAGUUGCCUUCCUAUGGUGACUUUCAUUGGCUGUAUGCUGCUGCUUCCAAUGAACACUUCUGCACGGUUCUUGGGCUCUUUCUCUGGCUCCGUGGUGUUCAACUGUCUUUGCACAGUUGGAACUGUGCUGAUCCCCAUUCUUUGGUUGAUGCAUGAAGGUGUGGAAGUCACAAGACCAGCACAUAGCGAGUUUGUCGGGGUGGCCAGCCAGCUCUCUUUGAGCUCUUUGGUCACGUCUGCCAGUACCUUUGCCUUUGCUUUCAGCGGACAGUUCCUGCUUUGUGAGAUCAUGUCAGAGAUGGAUGACCUCGAAGAGUUUCCCAAGGCAUACCUCGUCUACUCCCUGCCCUUUCAAGCAGCCGCUUUCCUGGGCGUUGGUCUUUCAGUCUAUUACUUCCGAGGAAGUGCAGCUUUGGGUAUGAUCGUUCAGGAGAUUCCCUUUGGCUUCAUUGAACGACUAGCUGCAUCCUGCCUCGUGGGCCACAUUCUCAUCACUUAUGUGAUCAAGAGCGUAGUGCUUUCCAAGGGCCUGCUAGAAGAAUUUGAAAAAAGCAAGAUCAUUGCAAAUGGAGACACCUGGCUUUCAUGGUACUGCAUGAUGGUUCUGAUCGUGGGUGCUUCUUGGUUCAUGGCCCAAAUCGUGCCCUUCUUUGCGGACUUUGUAAGCUUGCUCGGCGCGACCCUGACGCCGUUGAUUGCAUUUAUCGUACCACUUCUGCUGUAUGGAUUGUGUAUCAGCACGAAUGAUGCGAAAGCAAGUGUUUUGGAGAAGGCUGUCAUGGCACUGGAGCUCCUUCUUUCCUGUGUCGUGUUGGUGUACGGCACUGCAUCCACCUUGGUAAAUAUCUUCGAGAAAUGGGAUCAGUAUGGAUAUCCCUUUGCCUGCCAUUGCCAGAAUCUUUGGAGGACCUGCUCUUGCUCACCCAACAGGAUGGAAUGCCCAGCUUAA